UUCGGGCCUCUUUCUACACCCCCCUCCCCACCCCCGCGACCUCGCCGCAAAAUGAUGGCUUCUCAGGGCAGCUGCCAACUGAGGUGGGCCCAGGGCGGUAGCAGCAGCGGAGGCCGGGGCUGCUUGCACUGAGUGUCAGGCCUGUUCGGGGCCGCCCUCCCCCCAAUCCGGGGGGCCAUGUUCCUGUGGAAAAGCCGCUGGGCGAUCAGGCGGGCGGUGAGCCGACCGCUUAAAAUGGAGCCGGGGCCCCGGGCCGGGUGGCCGCUCCCGCCGCCGCCCUGCUGGGCUCACACGCGGCUGCUGAGCUCCGGCGGGGGCCCUCCCCAUCCCGGGGCCGGGAGGAGGCGCCUGGGCCUCGUACCCGGACCCACCUGGUGGUCCUCCCCUCACGCCCACGCCCGAGCCCGGCGGCGGGAGGCCGCCCCAGGCACCGGGCCCGCCUGCAGCAGCCGCGCCUACGGAGCCGGCAAAGCGGCCGCUAAAAAGACAGCCCCGGAGCCCUACCCGUACCGGAGGAUCGGAGAGAAGGAGCAGGCGGAGGAGAGGGCGGCGGCAGCCGGGUCUCCGGAGCUGUAUGAAAAUCCAUGGACGAUUCCAAACUUACUAUGUAUGGCAAGGAUUGGCUUGUCACCAUAUUUGGGCUACCUGAUUGUGGAAGAGGAAUUCAAUUUAGCUCUGGGUCUUUUUACUUUGGCAGGAAUUACUGAUCUGCUGGAUGGGUACAUUGCACGAAACUGGGCUAAUCAGAAAUCAGCGUUGGGGAGUGCCCUGGACCCAUUGGCGGAUAAGAUUUUGAUCAGCGUCCUAUACGUCAGUCUAACUUGUGCUGAACUCAUUCCAGCUCCUCUUACUGCUAUGGUCCUUUUGCGAGAUGUCAUUUUGAUUGCGGCUGGUUUCUAUAUUAGAUACCGAACGGUUCCACCGCCAAGGACUCUCAGCAAAUAUUUCAACCCGUGCUAUGCUACGGCUCAAUUAAAACCAACGUUUAUCAGCAAGGUUAACACAGCGGUUCAACUUGUGCUAGUGGCUGCAUCUCUGGCAGCCCCAGUUUUUCAGUAUGUGGACAGUGUGUUCCUUCACACUUUAUGGUAUGUUACAGUGUUGACGACAACGGCAUCUGCAUACAGCUAUUACAUCCAUGGCAAAAACACAGUGCAAGUUUUAAACCGGUUGAAGUAAAAUAAAGUGGUUCAAUUUUGGCCAGUGGUGCCUAGAAACAGGACAACAAAGCAAGGGAGGAACUGGACCUUGAUUUCUAUGCUAAAGAGACAAUGAUUUAAAUAAUGUAGAUAUCUAUGGAAUUUUCUUCCUACAGCAUUGUUGAUUUAAUAUUAAAAGUGAAAAAUUAUAGAUUUCUUACAUUUAUGGUUUUAAUACUUUAUUUGCACUUUGUGUAAUAAAUUUAAUUUCAGACACAAA